AUGCUUAUCGUAUUGGUAGCCAUGGUCACAGCUGGGGGAGUUACCCUUGAGAGAAGUAGGCGUUCGCAGUUCAUUGCUACUAAUGUGUCUGUUCGGAAGACAAAGAUUCUCCAACAGGCAAUUAGGACAUUGAAAGAAGGCGACGACGCCGACCAUACUAAUGGCUACGGACCUAUCACUAACUUUGAGAAAGCAGUAACUGACGUAGGCUUUGCCCUCAAUAUACUGGAAAUGAUGAGUGGAUGCGUACAGCAGUCUGAGGGGAUAGCAACAGUAGCAGGGGACGAAAGGGAGUCUAGUGAGGAUCGUAUAUCGACUGAGUUAUAUCCACACACUGACGACAAUAGGGAUAGGAUACUUGAGGCCACUACAUUGAUAAAGGAGUCAGUGAGGACACUGUCUAGGGCGGCUGCUGCUAGGGAUAGACUGGUGACUAUGUCUCCCGAUACCACUCGUCUAGAACAUAUCACACCACGAGCAUUCGAUAUGCUACAGGAAGCUGGGCAUGAUUUCAAUUUAAAUGUGCUUGAACUACAGGAGGUACACCUUUGUCAUAUACCGGUAUUACCAUUGAUAGCCAGUCGAGUAACAUUGGUGAUGCCUCUAGAAUCAAUGAGAAUAAAUAAGGGAACGCUAAACAAGUUCUUGAAUCGGAUAUCAGCAUUAUACACCGAUGUUGAGUAUCACAAUCAGUCUCACGCUGCCCAGGUCACAUCUCAUGGAGAGUAUCUAUUCCGAGCUACAGGGAUACCAGUAAGUGCAUUGGACCAUACAGCUUACCUUGUGGCCUGUAUAUGUCAUGAUGUUGGUCAUAGUGGCAAGAAUAAUGCAUUCUAUAUUGAAACACGAGAUUGCCUUGCCCUGAGAUAUAACGACAAGUCAGUUCUAGAACAGUUCCAUGCAGCAACAACCUUCGAGAUGAUGGAGGACUUCCCUGAAUGUAACAUAUUGGAAGAUUUAACAAGCGAAGGCAGCAAGCGUUUUAGGUUCCUCGUCAUUGAGCUCAUUCUUGCUACUGAUAUGGCCAAACACUUUGCAAUCAUGGCGGAUUUACGUAUUGUACUGCAGAGUCCACAGUUUAGGACUGCUAUCAAUGAGUCCAAGAAUGAUGAUGAUCGACAACUUAUCUUCAAAGCCUGCAUUAAAGCUGCCGAUAUCGGUCAUACCUGUCUACCAUGGGAUCAACAUUAUGAACUAUCUCUUCGAUUGGCUGAGGAGUUCUUCAAACAAGGGGAUCUCGAGAAACAGUUACAUGGUAGUACUCAUCGGAAGAGGGUGUAUGACGAGCUAUUAUCGUGGUCCUAUGUGGACAGCACCGUACGUACCCUCACUAUGUCAUGUGUGGUAGUCGGCGGCGGCGGCCUGCAGAAGAUGUAUCCGUAA